AUGGCGCCUCCCGAGUCGCUGAUCUCCACUGAAGCCGCCGCCAUCGGCGGAGACGGCGGAGAUUCCGAGUCGUGCGCGAUUUCAUGGGGCCACCCGGAGCGGCUCGACCUGGCGAUGGGAUCGCUGGUGGACGAAAAAACGCGGCUCCGCAAGGACGUGAAGAAGGUGCUUCGAGGAUUGACGGAGGAGCAACGCGCGGCUGAAGGUAAACCUCCCUCACCCUCCCCCUUCCCGCCAACAACCCUCCCCAACCCCACUCCAGCCCUUUCCACCGCACUUAUUCUUGCGCCCUGUCCCCCCAACUCCCCUGCUCCUGAGCUCCCUUGCCCCAAUUCUGCCUACAUCAAUCCCCCGUAUUUUCCCUGCACUACCUCUCCCCUUCCCUCCUCCCUCCCUCUCUCCCCAUCUCCCCUCCUUCCCUCCUCCCUCCCUCUCUCCCCAUCUCCCCUCCUUCCCUCCUUCUCCCUCUCUCCCCAUCUCCCCUCCUUUCCUCCUCCCUCCCUCUCUCCCCAUCUCCCCUCCUUCCCUCCUCCCUCCCUCUCUCCCCAUCUCCCCUCCUUCCCUCCUCCCUCCCUCUCUCCCCAUCUCCCUCCUUCCCUCCUUCCUCCCUCGACCACCCUUUAUCUUCCUGAUCUCGCUUCGGCGCAGACGUGGCAGUGCAGCGCCACGUGGUGCAAGCUGAUUGCCAGUGUGUUUGUGCCACGUGUCAUGGACAGCGAGAGCCACAUGGUGAUGCUGAAAAUCAACACUGUGGAGGUGGUGGGGGAAGGGCGGGGAGAGUUGGUUGGGAAGGGGGAGAACGAGCAGGAGCAAGGAGCAGCAGCAGCAGCAGCAGCAGCAGCAGCAGCAGCAGUAGCAGCAGCAGAAGGGGACUUGGCGCGCAAUGGGAUGGGGAUAUUGGAGCCCACCCUGACCCUCACAGAUGGACGGCCUCGAUCCAACGUGUACAGUGAACAGCAGCCAUUGGAUUUGAUUCUUGUGCCGGGAUUGGCGUUUGAUUGCAGUGGUGGGAGGCUGGGGCGAGGAGGAGGGUAA